AUGGACCUCCGUCUCCUCCUCGGCGUGGCCCAUGGCGCGUCCUGGUUCGCCCGCUGGGGCUACCACUUCUUUAAGGGAAGCUACGGCGUCACACAAGAGGCCUACGACCGAGCCCUUCGCGUCCUGUCGUCGCUCCGCAUCGAGGAACUGAUCGUCGUCCUCGCCAACACCGGUCAAAGCCGCGAGCUUCGCCGCGUCGCAGUCGCCUACCGCAACCUCCAUUUGCCCGACCGCGACACUAAGCCACUCGUCACCGUCCGCGACUUCGUCCGCUUCCUCCUCGAGCUGAAGCACCGGCCGGCAGCACAAACAAUGCCGCUUCCACCAUCGCCCUCCCCCGCGCCAUUGCCGAGGAGGGCGAUGAAGAAGGCGGUGAGGAAGGGAUACCGCGACUUCACCAAGGUCGCGGCCGAGAUGCAGAGCCGAUGGCCGCUGCGGCGGCUCCACUCCUCUGCUCAGGUCAUCGUGGACGCCCUCAAACGGCACGGACGGAAGAUGACACGGCAGGAGGUCCGCGAGGCCGCGCGGCUCACGAUCGGUGACACCGGCCUCCUUGAUUUUGUGCUGAAGUCCCUCGGCGAUUGCAUCGUGGGCGACCAUCUUGUGCGCCGCACCUCAAAUCCCACCAGCAGGGUGCUCGAGUUCAGCCUGGAGGAGUUCCCAUCUCCUGCGCCUGCGGCGGCGGCGGCGGCAGCAGCAGCAGCAAAGACGGAGCAGAACGAGGAUGUAGUAGUGGUCGCUAGACCGGCAUGGCCGGGCGCUCUGCAGGUGGAGAGGGACCUUCUGACAGUGUACCGGAGCAUGUUGGCGGCGCAGCCAGAGGCGGCGGGAAAGGUGCUGGACGCCAAGCACUGGGUAAAGCAGUGGGGACUGCAGGACGACGUGGACGACCGGCUCCGGUUCCUGGUCAUGUGGGUUCCGAAUCAGGAGGAGCUGGAGGAGCUGACGCGGGCACUGCCGCCGCCGGAGGUGGUAGUGGUGGAGGCGACGGCGUCGGUGGGGGAGCUGAGAGCGGAGGCAGAGCGGGCGAUGCGGGACACGUACUGCGUGAUGGAGGGGUUCAGGGUGGAGGAGAUGGAGGGGGUGGAGGGGAAGGACUGGGAGCCGGUGCUGCUGGGCGGGGCGGAGUCCGGGGCGCUGGUGUGGGUGCGCGGGGACGGCAUGGACAUGGACUCAGUGUUGAGGUACGAGGGCGGCGCGGACACGUGGUCCGUGGGGUGCGCCUGCGGGGCGCAGGACGACGACGGGGAGCGCAUGGUGGCCUGCGACGCGUGCGACAUGUGGCACCACACGCGGUGCGCCGGCAUCGGCGACGGCGAGCCGGUGCCCCCGCUGUUCUUCUGCGCCAGGUGCGGGAGAUCAGUGAUGGCGGCCGGCCAGAUGGUGUAGUGAGAGGAGUCGCCUUGAGAGCGAGCGAGCUUUGACGGACAUGACUUUUGUCGCGGCAGCAACACAUUCAUUUUCUUUACUGACGUCCCCGAGGGGCAGUGUAAGGGUAUAAUACAGUGCAAAAAGAGAAGGGAUCGAUGGAUCCCCCAUGCAUGACAUUCGUUGAUUUGUUUUUGUGUACGAAGGAUAACACUGGCGAUCCCAAGGGUUGUAUGGUUGUACAGAUGAAACUACAAGUGUGUCCUCAAAUUUCCAAAUCCCAAUUAUGGGAUUAGUACAGUUUGGCACAAGUAAACGUGGCUCAACAUGUUUGUGGAAGGCCGGAAGAAGUUGCAGAUGUAAAGGUUGACACUGGAGAAAUAGGAGUUGAGAUAGGAAAAAAGAAAAAGAAAAAGAA